AUGGAUAAAAGUCGCAUUGUUCCUGCGUCCAUCCUGCACGCAAUCUUGUUCUGUCUACUGACACUGUGUCUCGCGAAAGAAGACGAAAGCUAUGACAACUCGACUAACUACCGUCCUCGCAACGUCACAGGUCUCGGCAACUUCUACCAAUGGGUUGGAUCGUACUAUAACGCGACAGCGGAAGUGGAAUUAACACCCAUCUUCGGUGACGUCUGGAACGAAACGAUAUUCGGCCCCAACUACACGGAUAAUCUAUGCCCUGAACUAAAGAACUCGACCCAAAUCACCAAAUACGACGCCAUUCUGAGUAUCCUUGAGAAAGGCAAAUGGAACGCUGGAAGUAACUCUGUUAUUUUCUGGUUGACGCUUAUCCCUAAAUCCUCGGCGGAGUUCAACGUCUCCUCUCUUGGUGCCGAUUUCACCCCAAGCCCAGAUGGAUUUUGGCGACCCAAAGAGGGAAAAGGCCCUGAUCUCUUCAACUUCACCACUACCCAGACCAAAUCGGGAGCUUACAACAUCAGCGCGCUACUCCAGCGCAACGAGCCGAAACCGUACUCGUCAAGUCUGAAUCUCACCAUGCCAGUGUGCAACACCACCGAGCUAAGCGGUGAUUACACAAUUGACGUAGAAGAGUUUCGAUCUUGGGAAGAAGAGGACUGGGAUGACUUUCGAUGGCCCAACAUCAGCAUGUUGUUCGACGGCAAGACUGCAAACUUGACUAUGGAUGCUGUGUUUUCUGCAAGGCCGUAUGUUUGGCCUAAUGCGACGACUGAGUGGUCGGCGCCUACAACUGGCAGCCCUGGUGCGCAUGGUUUUAUGCAAAUUCGUGUCUCUGGGGUUAUUGAUGCGUUUCAUUCGGAUUCGCUCAGUCUUGAAAAUGAGACACCUGUUUGGCAGCGCACAGUGGGUUUCGGGAAUGACUCAUCGAAUAUUGGAUAUGACAGUGCAGCUAUCAAGCUGUCGGCCGAGUUCACUAUCUCUAUGAUGGCUAUUGCUGUAGGUAUCGUGCUACUCUUAUAG